AUGGCUACCGCUGCGUCUAAUAAUACAACAGUUUGCCAAAUUGUCUAUGUUGCACCACACGCUGAAGAAGCCAUGACCACGAUUUUGGCUAUACUGAAUCGCUAUAACUUUGGCAUCAAGCCCGUAUCGAUUCGCGACGGCAUGAUACUCUACAUGUGUAUCAAACGUGAUCCAGCACCAGCUGAUGUCGCUCAACUGACGAGAGAAAUGCAAGCGGCACUGGCACGAUCUAAAGCCGGAAUCGGUGGACAAAAGUUUAUCCAAUGGACGUUUGCUUGA